AUGACAUCUAUCACAUCAAUAAUACUAAAUCCUUUCGCUUCUAGUACAAAACCACUCAAUUGCUCACUAGCUUCAAAGAAGUCAAGAUGGUUGUUUUGAUGAUCAAAGGGGAUUAAAUGGUUUGGAGGUGAACAAGGGAGAUAUCGGAGAAGACAGGUUCGGCAAGUAAUAGAAAAUAACCAAAACCAAGAGGAAGAAGAAAAAGAUAAAGGUAUUGAACAGGGAGAAGUUAAUGAAGAAAAGGAAGAAUUUCAAUCAAGUAAAUCUCAAUCAAGUAAAUUUCAAAUCUUAAGAAAAUAUCAUAAGAAAAAUGAGCCAGUUGUACCUAAAAUACCAGUAAAACAAGAGAACGAAGACGAUACUAAUGAAAACAGCAUGAAUCAAGAGAUUUUAAACCCCAUAGAAUUUCAACAAAACAACGAAGAGAAAGAACUCCUCAUAUCAACAUGUAAGCGUAGACUUAAACGCUUAUCUAAAUACACCAACAAAAUCGAUAUCAACGAAGACCUAUCAGAUCUCUCUAUCAAGCAACUAGAAGACUACAGCUCAGACCUAAAGACCCUCCUUCUCGAAGACUGAUGCAAACUAGAGCCUGAAGACCAAAAUUUACUGGUUGUUCAUGAAGAGGAUAAAUAAAAUUAUCUUAAAAGUGGAGCAGGAAGACCCUGAGUUUGAAGAUAUGGAGAUAAUCGCUCCAUUCAGAGCUAGUUAUGACCAGUUUGGAAACAAACAGUGGCGAAUGCCAGAGAUACCUGAAUGGCUAAGAGAGAUACUCAGAAUAAACAUGUACAAUUGAAAGAUUAGAGGACAGAAAUUUGAGAUGUUACCUCCUCCUUUUGCAUUUAAGAUGACAAACAUUGAUUUUUCAAAAGCAAGGAUUCAUUUGAUAUUUGAAUCAAUUUUACAAACUUGAGUCACCAAGGAAAUCAAAUCUCUAGGAUUCAAGAAAUGUAUUUUUCCUGUAAUCACUGAACAAAAUAUUAAGAAUAAAACAAUAAUUACCCCAGCAGACAGCUUGAGGCCUCUAUAUGGAGUAUCCUUUGAAGAGUGAAAAUUUAAUGAGUCACAAGAAUAUGAUAAGGCUGACCAAAUCGGACUCCUCCUCAACUGUGAAGGCCUUCCUUCCCGAUCACCAAGUGGCGACCCUCAACAAGUCGGAGGAGGGAUCUCCAGCAUCACUUUCAAGAACAACGGAUUCUCAGAAGUAGAAAUGGCCAAGCUCAAAGUGUACUUGUGUUAUGCAGAGAACCUAAUGAUUUAUGAAGAAAACUAAA